AUGGAUGGGAAGGUUAUGAAAGAAGCUGAAGUGGCGGAAAUUGGGAAGGUUGUGAAAGAAACUGAAGUGGCGGAGGUGGAUGCGGUUUCCACUGCAAAAUGUUGCUGCUGUGGACUGGUGGAAGAGUGUACACUCGCAUAUAUUAUGCGCGUGAGGGAGAGAUUCGGUGGAAGAUGGAUAUGUGGUUUGUGUUCCGAGGCAGUGAAGGAAGAAAGAGCAAGAUCAAAGAGUGAGGAGAAGCUAAUCACAAUGGAUGAAGCUCUAAAGCGACACACCAAAUUUCGCCAACAGUUUAGGUCUUCUGCCACUGAUCAUAAGAAAGAUUUCAUAGAUGCUGUGAAACAGAUUUUCUUUAGGACUUUGGAUUCUCCUAGGAAGAAGGAAAAUUUUGCCUGUAGACCUCUUGGUAGAUCUAGUAGUUGCUUCCCAACCAUGGAAACAACUCCGCCGAGGACGACAGAGACACACACAGAGUGA